AUGCGGAUGGUCCACCGGAUUUUUCGCCACGCCGCGAACGUGAGGGCGGCGGCCCAGGUGGCGUCUGGCGCCGGCCUUACCCAGGCUCUCGUUUUUGUGGUCGGGAUUCGAAAGCUGCCCGACGCUGGCGCGGCAAUUGAGGAGGAUGCGGCGCAUUUCCCCGGACGGCAGGCGUAUAAGUACGUAUUCGCCUUCCCUGGACAAUACCUGGGCGCCGGUGCCCGCCCCGCGCACCAACUGGCCGCCGCGACCGGGAGUGAGUUCCAGGUUGUGGACUACCGUACCGGUCGGUAUGUUGCGCAGCGGCAAGGAGUUGCCGGGGCUAAUCUCGGCAUCGGGCCCGGAACUGAUUCUGUCGCCUACUGA